UUCAUUUUUGUUGUGGUAUAUUUGUUCAGCAUAUAAUUGUCAUUUUGAUAAUUGAAUUUCUAACAUUCUUUUGUUUGUUUAUUAUUAUUUGUUAUAAAAAAUGUCACAAGAAACCGAUAAUGCCAAAAUUCUAGAUGAAAUUGAUCCAAAUUCUGAAGAUUGGCAACAUUUAUUUAAAAAUAAUGGUCAAGCACGAUUUUCAGCACAUCCACGACGAUCAUCGAUUCUGAAAUUGAACGAACAUUCAUUAGCAUUUGCUGAUCGUCGUUCAUCUACUCGUCGUGUUAGUUGGGCACAAACUUUUCAAUACAAAGAAGUUUUAUUGGAUGGAACAUCAGUACUCACCAGUCAAGAACUAAAUAAAUAUGGUCCAAUCAAUCCGAAUGCUAUUGUAAUUAGUGCUACUAAUGAACAAAAAAAUGAUGACAAAAAUGAAAAUAAUUCGAAUAAUAAUAGUCCGAAAAUAAUCAAUUGUUAUGAUGAAAAUAUACAGAAAAUUAAGAAUAAAUUCGAACCAAAGCAUCUUCCGCAAGUAUUGUCCAAAUAUUAUAAUCCAAAAAAUGAUCGUAAAGAUUAUACAACAGUUAUCAAUACUGCAUUGAAUAAAUAUGGUGUUGAAAUCGAUACUGCCAAUCCGAUUAAUAAUGCUGCUAAAUUAUACGAACUAUUUAAACGCGAUCAUCCAUCACAUGAACAGAAUUUUGAAAAAUUUUUGAAACAUUUAAACCUAGAUGAUGAACCUCAACAACAACGUUUACCAUCACAACCGGUAAAAGCAAGCGAUUCGAUCGAAAAUAAUAUCAAUCAAACACCAAGUAUUAAUUCACCUACUGAAAAGAAUUUUUUAAAUUCGACAAAAAUUUCCGAAUCACAUCAUUCAUUAAGUUCAUUUUCGAUCAUAGAUCAAAGUCCUAUUCGAAAUGAUGGCGAUUUAAAGAACAUUGAAUUAGAUAGUGAUGAUGAUGAUAAUCAACAUUCUAUAGCUAAAACAAUCCAUAAUACUUCAUUCAUGCAAUUAGAAUCGAAUACUGAUGAAAUGCCAGAUUUAAAAAAAUUCAAAUCCAUUGAGCAGCCUGAAAUUGAUCGUCUUCAAGCACAUGAUAUGAGUGUCGAUAUGUCAUUAGAAUUAUCACCAACAAAAAAAUCAGUUGAUCCAAUGUCGAUUGAAACGGUUGAAACUUUAACAUCGGAUACAAAUAUGGCCAUUAGCGAAAAUUUUGAAUCUGAUAAACCAGAAAUUGAAAAUGAAUUUGAGAUUUUUGUUGAUCAAAGUUGUAUAGCGGCAAAAAUGCCUGGAAAAGAAUCACCGAAAGCAGAUGCGAUGAAUUUUCUUAAAAAACUCGAUGGUACACCGAAUACAGAUUAUUCCAUUAGCUUUGAAGAAGAUGAUGACGAUGAUAAUGAUUUAAAUCUCAAAAAUGCAAACAAUGACAAGCCUGAAAAAGAAAAAGUAGAUUCAACAGAAUCGAUUUUUGUUGAUCAAAGUUGUAUAGCGGCAAAAAUGCAUGGAAAAGAAUCACCGAAAGCAGAUGCGAUGAAUUUUCUUAAAAAACUCGAUGAUACACCGAAUACAGAUUAUUCCAUUAACUCCAAAGAAGAUAGUGACGAUGAUAAUGGUUUAAAUCUUAAAAAUGAAAACAAUGACAAGCCUGAAAAAGAAAAGGUAGAUCCAUCAGAAUCGAUUUCGAAAGAAAUUAUCGAACAACAACCACAACUGAUUCAUGCAUCAACUUUUGAUCAAAUUAAUAUUUAUUCAUCAUCUAUUGAAUCAUGUUCAAUAACUAAGAAUACUAAGACUGAUGAUCAAAAAGUAUCUGAAACAUUGGGGAAAAAAGAUUUCCAAAAAUCGUUACAACUUCAUGAUGAUCAUUCAAAAGAUUUAAUCUCACUUUCAUCUUCAUCAGGGUCGUCAUUAUCUAUUAAAAAUAAACAGAAAACAGCUGAAAAUGAACAUUUUAUGACAGAUGUGGCUAUGAAUCUGGAAAAUUCGACUAUUAACGAUGACAGAAAAUUAGCCGCUUGUCUUACAUUGUCUGCAACGAAUGCAACAACUGAUAUUAUUGUUGGCUAUUCAAAAAUUGCCGAAAUUAUAACCGAAAUGUCUCAGCUGAAAUCUACAUUACCACCACCGCCGUCGACAUCCAAUUCACGAAUGUUUGACAAUAAUCGACGAUCAAUGAUUAACAAUCCCGAGAAAUAUUCAUCAAAUUUCUCUCAAUCAAAAUCGAAUUUCAAUACAAAUAUUAUUCGCUUGUCAACAUCAUCAGCAGCGCAAACAUUAUCCGAACAAACACAGAAUCUAAAUGAUUCAUUAUCAUCAUUUUAUGAAAAAUCAAUAUUGGGUCGAAAAUCAUUGGGAAUAACAAUACGUGAAAAAUUAUUGGAAAGAGUUAAUCAACAACGACAAGAAAAAGAAAAAGAGGCCGAAAUUCUAGAAUCAAACGAAACAAAAGAAUCGAAAUCGGUUGAGAAUGAUGAAACUAAACAAUCACAGCAGAUAAUUGAAAAUGAAGAAUCAAAAAUUGAUGAUAAUGUUGUUGAUGAUAGCGAACUACAAUUAGAUUUAAAUGUCACUAUUGAAUCUUUACAACAAGACCCUGACGAAGCGAAUGAACGAGUUUUAUCACCAAUCGAAAUGGAACAAUCGAUUAUAACAAUGUUGGAUAUAGUUGAUUUAUCUCAUGAUUCUAUUGAAUCGACAGAAACAAACAAAGAAGCGGCGAAAAUCAUUGAAGAUAAUGAAAUUGAAAAUAAUGAUGAACAAGAAAAAGAUUAUAAUUUAAGCGUAUCGGAAACGACUGGAGAUUUUUCAAUGAUGAUGCAUGACAUUUCACGUAUGGUAAAUGAUGAAGAUGAAAUGGCAGAAAAUUUGGAAUAUUCCAUUUUUAAUCAAUUCGAAGAAACUAUAAAAUUACUUCGACGAAAACAACGACCAAUUCAGAUUCCAAUGUUUGAUUUUAUUAAUGAUCUUGAUCAUCGAAAACUAAAUGUACGAAUUCAAUCUGUAAGCCAGAAUCUAUUAGUAUUACGAUAUCUUUUCAGUACAUUAGAGCUUCGGAUACAUUUCGGCUCAAUUGUAACAUCGAAAAUUUUCCGUCAUUCAAACACAAAUAAAAAUGAUGAUAAUAAUCAUCGUCAUGAAAUUCGUGAAAUUGUAGCCAUUGAUGUUAUUUCAUUAAUUGAUUCGAAUAGACCAUUACAAAAUGAUGUGAUACGUGGCCGUAAAGAUCGACCUAUAUAUAAUGGAGAUUUUUUUCUAUUAUCAUUCGAAACGGAUGAACAUCGUCGAUUAUUGAAUCUGGCACAAGAUUAUGUACUCACACAUUUUGAAGAGAAACGUUCAAUGUUUGAUAAAAAAUUCAAAGAUACAAGUAAACUUAAAGAAUUGAUGGAAGAAUUCAGUAUUUUGGUUACACCGGCUAAAAAAAUGGCAUGUGAAUUACGAAAAUUAUUAUCAUCAGAGAUUUCACUUUUAUUGCCAAAUGAUUCGGAUGGAAAAAUUGGAAUAUCUGUUCAAAUUCUCGGAAUACGAAUGAAUACGGCUGUUAUUUUUCAUUUUUAUUUCGAUCAUCUUAAAUAUCCGGAUGAAGUUAUCCAUCCUAUUAUUAUCGUACCGGAUAAAGAUCGUCAUUUAUAUCCAUUGGAAGAAUUUAUUGUUGCACUUAAAAUGAUCAAACCAUGUGAAUACAAUUAUAUAACUAGAUUGAUUAGAGGUACACGCUGUUUUAUACGUGCAUUAAAACAUGUAAUGAUCCGUAAUCGAUCAUCACAACAACAAUCGAAACAGAUUCGUGCUACAACACAAUUUGAAAUACCUCGCAGUGCUUAAUAAUAUUCAUCAUCAUCAUUUUAAUAAUCAUUGUUUAAAAUUACA